UUUGUUGAUGUGUUCAUGCAGGAGACCCCUGACACCACCGUGGAGUCUCUUUUCUGUGGCCAGCUAGAGCUUUCUGAACCCACCUGCAUGAUGCACCACAUGAGGCCAAUUAAGUGUGUGGCAUUUGAAGGAACCUUAACUGGAAGGCGUUUCUAUGGUUGUCCAGUGCAGCAGAGUGAAGGUGUUAACUGUGGUGUUACUGAGUGGGUUGACAAGCCCUGGCAUCCAAUUCUUCAGAAUUGCUUGUCCAGGCUGUGGGACAUGUACCAUGAACAGAAUUGUGGCAGGGUAGUUGAUAAGCAGAAGUAUGAGAAGCAUUUGGCCAAGCUUAAGACUGAAAAUGACAAGCUGUGCAUUGAGUACACAAAGCUUGUCCAAGAUGUUUGAUUGGCAGGAUGGUAGGGUAGACCACAUGGAUUACCAGAAGGCAGUUGAGGAGGAAGAAUUUGAGAAGAAGAAGAAAGAGGUAGAAGAGAGUGCUAGGUUGGAGGUUCAGAUGGAGAAGCUCAAACUUGCCAAGGAACAAAGGUGCAUUUUACAGAGUCAAGCUGACAUUAU